AGCAGAGCUGUUACCUGAUUGGCGCACACAGCCAUCGUCUUUGUGAGCAUCAGUGAUGAUUAUAGAUUAGACACCGUCAAAACGAUAGUACGAUUAGCUACCGAGUAUUCCCUUUCCAUUUUCUCGUCUUCGACCGUCGACAGACUGUGUCGUGAAGAAGCGAACAUGACCAUAAGGAAUGUCCGGGACCAUGGGCAGCGAUUCAGACCGCGUAUGGCAUGCCUGAAGAAGGUGGAGAGCGUGGUGUUGGAGAUGCAGGACCCCAAAACUGGAGUGAAGUCUCAGACCCAGAGGCUUGUAAUCACCACCAUCCCACAUGCUUUAACAGGGGAAGAUAUUGUUGCAUGGAUCGCUAAUCGAUUCAAAAUAGAUGCUGCGGAGGCCCGAGCUAUGGGGACUAUGAUGGUGGCGUUUGGGUACAUCUAUCCACUACAAGAUCAUAAGAGACUCAUGCUUAAACCAGACACAUCCCUGUACCGCUUUCAGACUCCAUAUUUUUGGCCUGCGCAGCAGUGGCCGGUGGAAGACACAGACUAUGCAAUUUAUUUGGCAAAGAGAAAUAUACGGAAGAAAGGGAUGUUGGAGCUGUAUGAACAGGAACAGUACAACAAUCUUUACAAAUGGAUGAAUCACAAGUGGGAUUUUAUUGUAAUGCAAGCCAAAGAGCAGUACAGAGCGGGUAAAGAGAGGAAGAAGCCAGACCGGGUGGUUUUUGACUGUCAGGAACGGGCCUACUGGGUUGUACAUCGGCCACCGCCAGGAACAGUUAGUGCCAUGGACUAUGGACACGACAGGAUGGUUGACCCUAACAUAGAGGAGAAAAAAACACCUGACUACUACAGAAGAAUUAUUAUGUUCACUCAGCAGUGUAUCAUGAGACCAAGGGUGAAGUCAUCUGUCUCAAUUGGAGCACUUGUUAAAUACACAACAACAUACAAAGAGCACGACCCAUUUCUCCACGCCUGCCUCCCAAGCAACCCCUGGUUAACAGAUGAUGUUACCUAUUGGACCCUCAACAUGCCAAAUGUUGAGACGCCUACUAAAAUGAGGGUGGAGCGCUGGACGUUUAGCUUUGGAGAACUGCUUAUGGACCCGCGGGGAAGGGACGAUUUCCGGCUUUUCCUUAAAAAAGAGUUCAGUGGUGAGAAUCUUGCCUUCUGGGAGGCGUGUGAGGAUCUGAAAUGGGGCGCUGCUGAGACAAUGAAAGAAAAAGCACAGCAGAUAUAUAAGACCUUUCUGGCUCGUGGAGCUCCACGUUGGAUCAACAUUGAUGGCAAAACAAUGGACAUAACAGUGAAGGGUUUGGCACAUCCUCACCGUUAUGUGCUGGAUGCUGCCCAGACCCACAUUUACAUGCUCAUGAAAAAGGACUCAUACGGGCGAUAUCUCAAGUCCCCAGUCUUCAAGGAAACUCAGAAGAAGGCCAUUGCUCCUGAACAACACAGAUUUACUGAGACGCAGUUGGAGCAGAAUGCCAAAAGAAGGCGGCCCAGCCUGAGUCCCAUCAUCCUCAGACAGCAGGAGGAAGAACAGAAGGCCAAACUUGCAGCAAGUGGCCCGGUGGACAUCACACAGCUCUGCCGGUUCACAGCACCUGUGCCUCAUCUGGCAGUGUAUACAGGCAUUUGUGAAGCACAAUCCACUGCCUCCCCUGGGUUCAUGACUUUGCCCAACAGUGCUGCCUGUCCCUCUCCCAUCAGCGUCGCCAUCGACAGCACUCCAGCCUCAGAGAGGAGGUUUGAUGGCAACGGAGGGCCUUCCUCCUCCCAUUUCCCAUCAAUUGCAGAGGCAUCAGUAUCAGAGGAAGAGAACCAGCCACCUGCCCCAAAGUCUCGUAUGGCUCUGUCACUGAGCAGACUCCUCCGCAGAGGAUGCAAUGCCCCAUCUGUCUUUGCCAGCCUAUCCCCAAAAUGUGCUGUGGCUUCAGGAGGAGGCAAAGUACAGCCCCUGGGAGUAGAGCCAAUUGCACAACCUCAGCCCAGAAGAAUUGCAAACUUUUUUCAAAUCAAAGUUGACAUCCCACCUGAAUGCCGCAUCUACCCCAUUGAUUCAGAAGAUGAGGAGGAUGACACUCCUGAUACAGCAAGAGGAGGUGUGAAAGAAAUCAUUUGUCCGUGGGAAACUGUCACCAAACAAGAUGGAACUGGAUAGAAGAGUCAUAGACGAGUAAGAAGAGAGGAAGGAAAUACACUGAACCAAUAUUGUGUCAUAAAUAUUCUGUCUUACAACCCCGAGAAGGCUGUGGUAGUAAUGUAUGAAGUAACCUCAUCUCUAAUUGACCUGUAUGAUAGUUUUGAUAGCUAUUAGGUAAUGCCUACAUGUUAUUGUAGCCAAUGAUAUGGGUAUAAUAUGUUUAAAUGUUGGUUUUAUAUACAUAAAUUCGUAUUCUGAUGUCACUGUUCUUUUAUGACUGAAGGGGCCUUAUUUUAAGAGAUUUUUAUUUUUUUGUUUUGUUUAUCGUCAGUUUGUUUAGUGGUGCGGAAAAAAGAUUUUGUACUUAGCUUGUUCACUGUUUUAUAUAGCUGCAAAACAUGCAUAAAUGUGAAUUGCUUUAAGAAAUGUUAUUUUCAUAGAAGUAAAUCUAGUACGGCAGUAAAACGGAAUGUGGAUACACAUUUGCUGUCUUGAAUGUAUAACCUUUCAAAUGUUUACAGUUCACUUCAGAAUGUGAAUUUGUUCAUGACUCGUGUUUAAAUUGUGUAAGUGCCUCAAUAAAUCAUUCAAAGUUA